CAUUCACCUGAAAAGUUUGUAUAAUCUAGGGAGGUUUGAUUAUUUUGAUGACAAUGAAAGUUUGGUAUCAGAGGAAAAUAUAUCUGUCCACUCUUUAUACAAUGCUAUGUUGCGCCUGCAUAAGAUUUACGCAGGGUAUUUCCGUCAUUUUGUUAUUGUUCAAGAUGAAUCCGAAGUAGAUGAAUCAAAUAUUCAAAUACCUG